UCGAAUUACCCGCGUUACACUCCUAUAGUGUAGAGGUCGUUUGACGUUUUACAACAGUUUUGUGGACAAGUUAUAUAAAUCGAGAACAAUGGUGAAAAUAAUAAGAAAAUUCGCACUUUUGGAUCCCCUUAAAGAGGCAUAUCAUAAACCUUUAUGGGGUCGAUUAAAGCACUUGUGGUCUACUUUUCGAAACUCUAACCAAGCAGUGGCAUCAUAUUUACCUCUUAGUGCAAUAGUAUGUUUACCUUUAUCUGUAAUAAUUGUGUAUGGCAAACUUUAUUCAAAUCCUGUUCCAAGAUACUUCGAUCAUAUUCGCAUUUAUAGACCCGAUGAUUCACGUGUUGCAAAUAUUAGAAAGGAUUCUACUUUAAAAUAUGGCGAGUCUAAUGUAUUUGACAGUAUACAUAUGCCUAAUACCAUCUAAUUUUAUAUCAGACAGAAGGAAUAUAGUAAAUAAAUAUUUAUAGUAGUUACCAAAUAAAGAAUGUACACGUACUGCUGUACAAUCGUAAAUCAUCUUAUUGAGAAACAGGAAAACUAAAAUACACGAUUAGAUUAAAUAACUUUACUCAACGUGUAACACUGUAUCUGUAACACUGUAAUCCAUCUAAUGGUAUAAAUAAAUAGGAUUUAUUAAUA